CCAAAGCAGGCAACACGUCCGGCGUAUAAAAAGUCGAUUGACGGAAAAUUGGGCAAUCAAACUGUUGGCGCACUUCAAACCGAUCGGUCGAAAAUCGUUAACUGCACUCGAUACUCAACAGGGACAAGGAUUACCCAACCAUGCUGACCUGGACCCUCUGGUGCGGAUUACUAUUCCUGCUGUGGUUCUAUUUCCUGUGGAGCCGGCGUAGGUUCUACCUGCUCGCGCUCAAGAUCCCGGGGCCACUGGGAUACCCCAUUCUGGGCAUGGCCCACUGGCUGAUGAACAGGGAAGAUAUCCUCAAUGCCUUCGGCUGCUUUCUGGACAAGCACGGACCGACCAUCUUCUCGUGGCUCGGACCCAUUCCCUUCAUGAUAGUCAGUGAUCCGCAGGUUGUGCAGGACAUCUUCACAUCGCCCCAUUGCGUCAACAAGGGCAUCAUUUACAAGGCCGUGGACGAUGGAGCGGGCAUUGGAUUGUUUAGCAUGAACGAUCCACGUUGGAGCAUCCAUCGAAAACUGUUGAACCCCGCCUUUGGCCAUAAGGUUUUACUCAGCUUCCUGCCCAUUUUCAACCGGGAGACGGCACUUCUGCUGGAUCAACUGAAACCAUUGCAGGACGAUGGAGAGAAGGACCUUGUUCCACUGCUGCAGAGCUUCACUUUGGGCAUAGCCACCCAAACUACCAUGGGCAGUGAUGUGAGGAGCGAGGAAAACUUGAUGAGCAAGUCCCUGCUGGACCGAUACCAAUGUAUGUUGGAAACUAUGACAGACAUGUGCUUCUCGCCGUGGCUCAACAGCCGAUUUGUUCGCCAGCUGCUGGGCAGGGAGUCCCACUACUACCAGGCCAAGACGGAAAUUCGCCAGUUCAUCAGGAAGCUCAUUGAAAAGAAGUUGGCCGCAGACCAAAAAGAAACACAACCUGCCAUCAAAUCAAUCGAUAAGAAUAUAUUUCUUAACCUGGCCACGGAUUUGCUGAGAAGGGGAGUGUUCACCUGGAGAAAUGUCGAGGAUGAGUCGAACAUCAUUGUUUUUGGAGCCUUUGAGACCACUGCAAAUGCCAUAUACUAUACGCUGAUGUUGCUGGCCAUGUUUCCCGAUUAUCAGGAGAGGGCCUUUGAGGAGAUACAAAGCCUGUUCCCGAACACCGGAGACUUUGAGGUGACGUAUGCUGACACCCAGCAGAUGGUGUAUCUGGAUAUGAUCCUCAACGAGUCGAUGAGGGUUAUACCACCGGUUCCAGUCGUUUCCCGACAAACGUCGCAUGACCUAACACUAUCCAACGGGAUAGUGGUGCCUCAGGGGGUUCAGAUCGCCAUAGACAUUUACCACAUGCACCGGAGCAAAAAAAUCUGGGGUCCAGAAGCAGAAACCUUCAAUCCAGAUCAUUUCCUACCCCACAACAUUCAGGACAAACACCCGUACGCCUACAUACCCUUCACCAAGGGAAUCCGGAAUUGCAUAGGCUGGAGAUAUGCCUUGAUAUCGGCUAAGGUAACACUGGCCAAAUUGUUGAGGAAUUAUAGGUUUAAAACGAGUUUUCCCUUCGAAGAUCUUUAUUUUGUUGAAGAUAUAACCAUGAAGCUCAAAACUGUGCCACUGCUAGAGCUGCAAAAGAGAAACAGCUACGACCACACUGUCACAUUGCUGGCAAAAGGCGGGCACAUAGAAGAGCAGUUAAGCAUAAACAAACCGGCAAUGUCGCUGACAGAUAUUUUGGAAUUGAACAAAACGGAGUUGUUCGCGAAGAUUCGCGAUGGAUUGCCCGUGGUGCAGAAGACGCAGAACCUGCUGGACUGCAAGGACGACCUGCUGUUCGCCUGGGACGCCAAGGAGUGCUGCCUGCUGGUGCGCAAUUGGCGCUCCUCGCUGGCGGGCGAGGUGAGCGUCCAGUUCCAGACCCUGAUCCCCUCCAGCACGGUGGGCCUCGAGGUGGACCGCGUGCUGGCGUCCAACGAGUGCUCGCUGGUGGCGCUGAGCGGACCGCGUGGCGUGACCAUCCUGGAGCUACCCCGCCGCUGGGGACCCGAUGGAUACUACAAGGAUGGCAAGGCCAGGAUCACCUGCCGCACCUACAGCCUGGACACGCAGCUGUUCCUCAACAACCCGCACCUGGAGGUGCGCCAACUGCGCUGGCAUCCGCACUCCGUGUCGGACUCUACGCUGCUGGUGCUGCUCAACAACAACACCAUCCGGGUGUACAACCACUCCAAGCUGCGCCACGUGUGGCAGGUGGGUCCCUCGCUUCACCGUGGCGAAGCCUCCAGCUCGCUCUGCGACUUCGGCGAAGUGGCCGUGGACUUUGACAUCGCCCCCGCUGCAAAGCCUCGAGGUGAGUCGGAAACCACCGGGAAAAACGAAACCACACUGGAUAAUAGCAACAAAACGCUGGUGGCAGCCAAGUCGCUGCCCAAGCAGGAGAGGAUCGAGUGGCCCAUAGUGGUGCUGCGCGAAAAUGGCAACAUAUACAUCUUGAUGACCGGCGUGGACUCUGAGAUGACGCGUCUGCAGGGCCCCAUCACCAUAACGCCCCAGACGCGUGACAACUACGGCCUGGAGUCGUGUGCCCUCAUGAUCAUACCCUCGCUGCCGCCAACUAUCGUUAUGGCCGAGUCCAACGGCAAGCUGCACCAUGCCCUGCUCAUGGAGGCGGAGGCCGCCGAGCUCUCCUUCAACGAGGUGGACGACUUUGUGCUUAUAGAGCCCGCCGAAUACGUCGUACACGUUCUUGAAACUGUGGAACUCGAGCUGGGACUGGCUGCUGGAGGAGGAGGAGGAGGAGCAGCCUCCUACAACUGUCCCGUGUACUUGAAGCGUGAUUUGAUCAACGAAAUGCGCUACUUUGCCUACCACAAUGCGGGCCUGCACGCCGUCACCGUGAGUUUCAUCUCCGAGCUGCAGCGCUACCUGGACAGCGAGUCCGAGGAGGACAGGCUGGAGCUGGCGGCCUCUUCCCGGGCCGAGUACAUCCUGUGCACCAAAUUCGACUCCAGUGAGUCCGUGAACGCAGUCUUCGGGCUGGCUCUACUGCAGAUCCCUGCCGGAGUGGUCCUGCUCCUGGGCAGCGGCCAGGUGAUCAGUCUCAAGCUGGUCAUCGAUGCCCAACUACUGGUGACACCCAAUGAGAGCAAGCAGGCUGGCUUGGAUGUGUCGCAGCAGGAGAGUGGGCCUUCGUUUGUGGACACCAUUAAAUCGCUGCUGCAGCGCAGUGUUAACCAGCCCAUCCUGGCGGAAAAACUCGCCUCGCCUUCCGCUCAGGAGAGCUACGAGCUGCUGAACCAGGCCAUCGAGGUCCUGCGCGAACAGUACCUGAAGCGGCAUGACCUCGUGCGCGCCGCCUUCGCCCGGCACAUCAACCAGAUCCAGCUGAAGCGGGAGCAGCAGAAGCUGGAGAUCCAGGACCUGGAGCAGGAACGCGAACUGAUCAGCGAGCGGGCCCAUAAGCUGGCCGAGCGCUUCGAGGAGAUCAGCUACAGCCAGGAGCUGCUCGUGCGCAAGUGCAAUGGCCUGAUGCAGAAGGCCAAUGCCGCUCUGCCUAACAAUGUGGUGGCGGAGCGCGAGUUUGCCCAGGAAGUGAGCCGUCUCAACACCGUCACCCAGAGCAUGGCCGCCGGGUUGGAGAGCUGCAAGAAGACGCUGAACAAGCAGCGCUACCACAUUGCCAAGAGCCAGGAGGAACUGAAGAAGAAUGCCUACGAGCUGCCGGAGAAGCAGCACAGCACCAUCACCGAGAUACUGACCCAACUGACCGGCGAGAUCGAUCGCCAGAUCAUCGACGUCAAGCGCAUCAACAAAAUCGUUGGUGUAUAAGCUCGAAUGGGAGUGCGCACUGUUAUGAUUUCGCCACCUUUUUUGUUGAUGGUAAAUCCGAAACGUAGAACUAAAACGUAUUAAUAAUAAACAUGUCGAUUAAGUCCAUUA